CAACAAAUUUAAAAUAAUUUAAAAAAGUACACUUUAACUCACAGGGAUGGGUUCAAAAAAAUGUAUUCAUGAUAAUCGUUGUUGUACAAUGCUUGUUGCCAUUGCAUUUUUUCGACCAAACAUUGCCGACUGACAAAAUUUUUUGUCAAUUAUCUCUGGGUUUUAAGCAUUGCUGCAAAUAAUUUUUUUAGCAAAAGCUUUUCAAGGAAGAUACCGAUAGAACCAAAUGGAAUGGUCAUGCAUGUGUGGAGGGGAGAGAGUGGAAGAUAGCACAAGUAAUUCCAUGAUUUCUUCAAGAAUGUCUGUCGCUGUACUCGGUCUGCUUGCCAUCAACGCUCCUGCUGCGCUCGCCCAAGUGGUAGUGACUAUUCCCACGACAGUCCUAAUGACUAUCACUUCCACGAGAGCUCAGCCCACUUCAACCAACGCCCUCAUUCCGCCCGUUCUUGUGACCUCCAGCGCCCAGACCCAGGAGGGCGCCGCCACCGGGGAGGGCGCCGCCACCGGGGAGGGUGGAUCAGCGACCGAGAUGGCAACUACCGUUGACACAACCGAGGGUGAGGGCGCCACUGCCGAAACUCCGACCACAGUAGCGUCUGACAAGGAAACAGGUACCGCAGAGACCACCACGACUGCGAAUUCCGAGAGCAAGACCGGGGAAGAAAGCACCACCACUACUACCGAUGCUACUUCUUCCAAGGACACUGCUGGUGCGACAUCGGGCACAGAAUCAUCCGAGAGCAAGGACCAAAAUGACACUUCGACCACAACUGUUGACUCCGAGACCGGGACGAGCAAGACGGCUAGCGCCACGGAUAACUCGAGCGACGGAAAGACCAAGUCUUCGACGGAGACCUCGGGUGCAGCGGGUGGCAGCCACCUGAGCAGCUUGGUCUUGCCGGUCACUGCGGUAGCUAUUGCUGUUGAGGUUUUCGCCGCAUUGUUCUAGCUUUUGUUUUGCGCAACAGUAGUGAAAUAUGCUUUUUUCGUUAUAAUUUAUUUUUCUUUAAA